CACUCAUCAUCCCAAACGCAUCAUAACAGCAAAAACGGAGCAAUGGCAACCAACAAUGUCAGAAUCACCCACUUCUCCGGCGAAGCAAUAGAAACCACUGUCACCAGCAGGGCCUCCGUCGUCGACAACUGGGUCCAUUCCAUUCCUGCAGGCCGGAAACUUAUAGUGGGCCUGGACUGUGAGUGGAGGCCCAACACCACCCCGUUCAUGAACAACAAGACAGCUCUGCUUCAGCUCUGCGUGGGAACCAAAUGCCUCAUCCUCCAGCUGUUCUACCUCGACUACAUUCCCCAGUCCCUCAAGGAUUUCCUCCGUGACCCGAAUCACACUUUCGUCGGCGUCGAGGUGGAGCGCGACGUCGCAAAACUCGGUGCUGAUUACGGGCUGAGCUGCACUUCUGUGGUUGAUGUUCGUGAGGUCACUCUGGCGAAAUGGCCGAAUAUGUUCUGGAGGAAACCUGGGCUGAAAGAUAUUGCUAAGGAAGUUGCUGGGAUUAGCAUGCCGAAGCCGAUGAGUGUGUGCAGGAGUGAUUGGCAGCAGAGGAUUCUUGAGGAGAAGCAGAUUGAGUGUGCUUGCAUUGAUGCUUUUGCUUCUUGUAGGAUUGGUCAUGUUCUGCUUAAGGAUCGUUGAACUGUUUGAUUUUCUAGUUGUUUGUUUCCUUAUGAAUCGGUUCUGUGUUUUUCAUUAACUGUCGAAUCCUUUUGAAGGUUGGAAAAUCUAUCUGUUGGCUUCUAUCCUCCCAAUGUAUGCUGCUAUGGUCCUUUCUAUUUAAUGCAGUCAUUAUUGGGCAAGAUAUUUUUCUUCUUUUGUAGAUAGAGUGAGACAGUCCGAAUUAUAUUCAACAUUUUGGUUUUGUUAUGGUUUUCCUUUUUCAUAUAAAAGUAACACUUUAAA